AACCGGUAUUAUUUCACACACACACAAAUAAAAUUGAAAAAAAGGAAAAAUCGCGAUAUAAGUUUUCACUUCCUCCGUCCCGCGAUUAAGGGUGCUUUUGGCUCCUCUCCUUCUCCCUCUAUUUCUUCCUGUGUUUGCGUCUCUCUCGCAAACCCUUCCAUUCGAUCCAAUCCGAGAAGUCUAUGUAAAUCUUUAUAUCUGAAUAAGGUUUCGUGUGAAGUGGGCGUUUUAUUUGGUAAAUUUCAAAGAUGUUUUGGCGUAUGGCAGGGCUAUCCACGGCGUCGCCGGUGGAGACAAUUUUGGAUAAGGAAAACUUUACACUGGAGGAGCUUCUUGACGAGGAUGAAAUUAUUCAAGAAUGCAAAGCCCUGAAUGGACGCCUUAUCAAUUUUUUGCGAGAAAAGUCUCAAGUUGAGCAACUGAUUCGCUAUAUUGUGGAAGAAGCUCCUGAGGAUGCUGAAAAGAGGCGAUCAUUCAAGUUUCCUUUCAUUGCAUGUGAGAUAUUUACUUGUGAGGUUGAUAUUAUACUCAAAACAUUGGUGGAGGCUGAAGAGUUGAUGAAUUUAUUGUUUUCCUUUUUGGAACCAAAACGCUCCCACAGCACACUGUUGGCUGGAUACUUUAGCAAGGUUGUCAUAUGUUUAUUGUUGCGGAAGACAGUUUCUUUUAUGCAUUAUAUCAAGGCUCAUCAGCAAAUUCUUCGGAAGCUGGUUGACUUGAUCGGCAUUACGUCUCUCAUGGAGGUAUUAGUACGUCUGAUUGGUGCUGAUGAACAUAUGCAUAGCAACUAUACAGAUGCAAUGCAAUGGCUAGAAGAAACAGAUGUGUUGGAGAUGAUUGUGGACAAGUUCAGCUCUUCUGAUUCCCCUGAGGAGCAUGCUAAUGCAGCUGAAACACUUUGUGCCAUAACAAGAUUUGCUCCCUCUGGUCUUGCUGCUAAAAUCUCUAGCCCAAACUUCAUUGGCAGAUUGUUUAGUCAUGCUUUGGAAGAGUCACGCCCAAAAUCUGUCCUUGUUAACUCGUUGUCUAUAUGCAUAUGCUUGUUAGACCCUAAAAGGCUAACUUUGGGGACAUAUCAUACAUAUAAUCGCCAGUUUAAUCAUGGGUCCACAGUAACUUCCAGUCCUGAGACAGUAGAAGGGAUGCUGGAGAGCUUAGGUGAUCUCCUGGAGCUUUUGGAUGUUUCAUCUGCAGAAGAUGUCUUGUUGACUACAUAUGGUAAAUUGCAGCCGCCCCUGGGAAAGCAUCGUUUGAAGAUUGUAGAAUUCAUUUCAGUGUUACUGAUGGUUAGAAGCGAAACUGCUGAGAAGGAAUUGAUUCGUCUUGGAGCAGUCCAAAGGAUUUUAGAUUUGUUUUUUGAGUAUCCGUACAAUAACUUUUUGCAUCACCAUGUAGAGAACAUAAUAUUUUCAUGUUUGGAGAGCAAGAAUGGUAUUCUUAUUGGGCAUGUUCUCCGUGAAUGUAAUCUUGUUGGAAAAAUACUUGAUGCAGAGAAGAAUUUCACAUUGGUGGCUGACCCAGGCAAGCCAACAUUUCCUGCUGAUGGUAGGCCACCACCAAGGAUAGGGAACAUUGGACACUUGACACGUAUAUCCAACAAACUUGUUCAAUUGGGGACUAACAAUGGUGAUAUUCUGGCAUGCUUGCAGGAAAAUAGUGAAUGGACUGAUUGGCAUACAAAUGUCUUAAUAAAGCGUAAUGCUGUGGAAAAUGUCUAUCAGUGGGCCUGCGGGAGGCCAACUGCUCUACAAGACCGGAGAGAUAGUGAUGAUGAUGAUUACCAAGAUAGAGAUUAUGAUGUUGCAGCCCUAGCAAAUAAUUUAAGCCAGGCAUUUCGAUAUGGCAUUUAUGGCAAUGAUGACGUUGAUGAGGCACAUGGAUCACUUGAACGAGAUGAUGAGGAUGUCUAUUUUGAUGAUGAAUCUGCUGAAGUUGUUAUUUCUUCUCUGCGUUUGGGAGAUAACCAGGAGAGUGGCUCCCUUUUUACAAAUUCCAACUGGUUUGUUUUUGAGGAUGACAGAGUUGCCAAUGAACGCUCUGCAGGAGCACUUGCCUCUCCUUCGCCUAACAAUGAAGAAACUGCUGGUGUUAAUGGUGUGGGCAAUGAUGAGAUUAUGGCUGGAGAAGAUGACGACUUGGAUGACACUGCAUCUUCUCCUGUGCCUGACCUGAGUGUAGACAAUACGUCUGUUAACAAUUUAUCUAAAGAUUUAAAAGAAAUUAGUGCAAAUGAUAAACCUCCUGUAUGGGUUGAAUGGAGGGAGACACUAGAUUGUGAUGAUCCUUCCAAACCAGAUGUAUCUCCUGUGCCAAAUGGUGAGCUUCAAGUGGACUCAGAGAAUCAGGGUAGUGAUAGUGAUCCAGAUGCAGCUAAACCUGAGGUGGGGAACCGGGAUGGUGAUACUGAUCCAGAUGCUGCUAAAUCUGCAACUUCCAUGGAUGCAUUGGCAGAUGACAACAAUGCUACUGAGGAAUUGUCAAAUGAAACAAAUGAAAGCCCUACUCUCAAUCCUCGUGCAUUGUCAGAAUUGGGUAAUGAUAAUCCAAGUGUGGACCAUAGUGCUUCUGAUGAUACUGAGGCGACAGCAGGAACUGCUGAGGUCAGUAAGGAUGAACAAAAAGAUGUGGUCAAGCAAGCAGAAAACUAAAUGUAAAUUCUCAAGAGAGUCGGUUUAAUUGCCUAACUAGUACUCUGCAGCAGCAACAUUGAUAAGGAGGGAAAGAUGAAUACUGAGAGCGCUGCUGGUUGAUUAGGUGACUGUAUUUUAGAGCUUCUGUACAUCUUCGAUGGGCACUGUUAUUUAGUAGGGUUGAUUCUUUUUCCCCACCUGCCGAAAGCCUGAGCUCUCUCUCUCCAAGGGGAUGAUAAAUAGGCUCUUAUUUUCCACCUUUUAUAUCAGGCAAUGCAAUGCGUUGAUUAAUUAUUUAGCUUUUAGCUUCUCCUUGGUAGUUGAUUUAGAAACUGGCACUGUCCGGUGGUACUUGGAUUUUUUUAAGCUCGAGAACCUGUUUAUAUCCUUAAAUUUUUUUCCCUUUUCACAUGAAUGUCAAAAGUGUUGAUUAUAGAAUCUUA